AUGGAAACAGAAAGCACCUUGUCUACACUUUGUCUCUUACUUUGCCUUGUUUUUGCACCGCAUGUUUGCAAUUUGAGCCCUAAACGGAUCAACCCUCUAGUGUAUGAAGAGCAGCUGCUGUGGGUGAGUGGAACCCAAGGGUGGGUCAACACCUACCGAAUCCCACUGCUCACCUUCACCCCCAAAGGAAGCCUGCUGGCCUUCACUGAGGCCAGAAAGACGUCAUCUGCUGACAUAGGAGCAAAGUUCAUCGCUAUGCGACGGUCAACAGACAAAGGAGCCACCUGGUCCCCCACAUCCUUUAUUGUAGAUGAUGGAGCUAAAAGAGAUGGCCUUAAUCUGGGCUCAGUGGUGGUGGAUAUGGAAAAGGGCUCAGUGAUUCUGAUCUACAGCUUGUGCUUCCACCAAUACCAAUGUUCCCCCUCCAGUACCAUGAUGGUGGAGAGCAAAACUGAUGGUCUCAGCUGGAGUUCACCCAGAAACCUCUCUGUCCAGCUCGGAGUCAAGAGCUUCGUUCCGGGUCCAGGUUUUGGCAUCCAGAAGCGUUACAACCCAGCUCAAGGGAGGUUGGUGGUGUGUGGCCAUGGAACAUUGGAGGGUAAUGGAGUUUUCUGUAUCCUGAGUGAUGACCACGGGGACAACUGGUACAAUGGUGCAGCAUUGAAAAGCAUCCCUUAUAACAAGGAGAAGUUAGACCAGGACUUCAACCCUGAUGAGUGCCAGCCAGUUGAGAUGAUGGAUGGCAGCAUCGUCAUCAAUGUUCGCAACCAGAACAACUAUCACUGUCGCUGUCGCAUUAUAGUGCGCAGCUUUGACGGUGGAUUGUCCCUGCCUGUAGAUGAGGUGUACUUUGACAGCACCCUAGUGGACCCUGUGGUAGCAGCUGGAGCCCUGCAGAAAGACGGGGUGCUUUUCUUCAGCAACCCAGCUAAUGAUAUUCACAGAGUCAACCUAACAUUACGUUGGUCCCUGACCAAUGGCACCUCUUGGGGAAAUAAUGUUGUUCAGCUGUGGGCAGGGCCGAGUGGCUACUCAUCGAUGACAUCACUGGAUAGCGAUUCCACAGAGGAUCGCAAGUUUAUCUUUGUGAUCUAUGAGAAGGGGCAUAAGGAAUAUACUGAGACUGUGUCGUUUGCCAAGAUUCACCUCUAUGGUGGCCAGUAGGG